UUGGCAAAAUGUCAUGCUUUGUUUUACCAAGUCUUUACUCACAGUAUAUAUACCAUUAUUACUUACAUAUUAUAAGAAAUGUUUUUUAGAGAGAAAACCCUAGAAAAUACGCUUGAAAGUUAGAGAUUGUUAUACCCACAAUCAUCUGCACAUUUCCUUGUAGUUUUCCUCUACUCCUGCCUCUCUAUCUCUAAAUCCUUGAGAGGUUGAUAGCCCAAACACUUACCACACCCAAUCUGAGUAUUAAGUGAGAUUUUGGUGCUGUUGGGAAGUAUUGGAAGGAGCCAUUCAUUGGCGGAUGCAAUCGGGUUGAAUUGCGGGAUCCAGAAAAGUUAGAGAAGACAAGGUUCCAAGAAGUCAGUUGAUAACAGGAGCUUGGAAGGCUCAAGUACAUUGGGUAGACUAGGCUUGGAGGGUCUUUUAUUAUUCGUGUACUCCAACUUUAUUCUCUAGUGGAUCAAUUACUGCUUGGAUGGCGGCGGAGAGAUUUUUCACUGAGUUCUUUGGUUUCCUCUUCGAUAACACGUCUUGGUGUUAUCUUGUGUUUGCAUCUCUCUUCCCUAUUCUUUAAACCUUUCUUUUAUUGUUGAUAUUGGUUGAAUAUGGCUUAGGGUAGUGUUAUCGGUUGUUUGCGCUUAUUUAUUCUUAUUCCACACUUUGUUUAAGUUAGAGUAAAAGCAAUCUAGCCGUAAUUUUUAUUAGGGGUCUAAACAAGCUCUUAUGUUUUCACACAAAUCCGAGCUUUCAUCUAUCAUUGAGAACUUGCUUAAUGAAAAAUUUUAUGGAAAUAAUGAAGCUGAGUCAUUAGCAUAUUCUUCAGCUUCAGUUAGAACUCUUCUAUAACUAUUCUGCCCACUUCGCGGAAGUAGAGACCAUGUAAAGGCACAGCCAAACUUCUGAUGUCAUUAAACACAACAUGCAUUUUCUUGCUGACCUCCCUACUAUCCACAUGGAUUACUAAUUAGAAUCAAAGUUCUCUGCACUCCUGUUGCUCCUGGCCUUGUUACAGUCACUCUUAAUCCUAAACAGAUAGUUGUUGACUUGUCAGAGGUUGUCCAGUUGUGACAACCGGCUAGUAUGUGAUUCCCCUUCAUAUAUAUCUUUACAAAAGAAGCAAGUCCCCUUCCAUUUAAGCAUCCUCUGGCUUGAAGGAAUCCCUGCAUAAAGAUACUAACUGAUUUGUUUGUUUUGGGCUUGUUGUAAUUUGCUUCUUUGUAUCUGAUGAAGAAUACUAAUUGUUUUGGUGCUGUUGCGCUUUUGACUAUUGUAUUUUUUUUAUAACAGAGACAUUAGCCUUCUUCAAAAAGUAAAUUGCCCUCUAAUUUUCUCGAUAUGGUGACUUCAACAAGUCUAUCAAGAACCAUUCAAUAAUAACUGGGCGAAAAAGUAGGGGAACGACAGAAAGAAAGAGAGAGAGAGCAGUCAUGCUAAUCGCUGUUCUUGGCACUUUUAUCUUCAAAAAGAGGAAGUUGAUAGAGGUCUUCCCUAAAAGUGUUAGGACAAUUUGGAAUGGAUGUGAGCUCCGUGUAUUGGUUUUAUUCAGUCUCUUCUUACAAAUGGUUCUCAUCCUUUUGGGCAAGCGGAGGAAGUACAUUGCCAAAAAUUGGAUAAGAAUAGUCCUUUGGGUUGCAUAUUUGUCUGCAGAUUGGAUUGCAACAGUUUCACUUGGCGUCCUCUCCCAAGCUGAAGGUGAUAGCAAGGAUCAGUCAUUUGAUCCCAACUAUAUCAUAAUGUCAUGUUGGGCACCAUUUCUUCUCUUGCAUCUAGGUGGUCCAGACACCAUUACAGCCUAUUCAUUGGAAGACAAUGAAUUAUGGCCAAGGCGCUUGCUUGAGCUAGUAGUCCAGUCUGCAGUGGCAUUUUAUGUGUUUCUAAGGUCUUGGACAGGCACCCCAAUUAAUGCUCUGGCAAUUCCAAUGUUCAUAGCUGGAAUAAUUAAAUUUGGGGAGAGGAUAUGGGUUCUACGUUCUGCAAGCAGUGAUGUCUUCAGAGAUUCCAUGCUCCCUCGACCUGACCCAGGACCUAACUACGCAAAAUUCAUGGAUGGCUACAGUUCCAAGAAAGCUGAGGGAUUCAAGAUUUCAGUAGGAACAUUUGAAGCUCCUACAGUUGUUAGACGCAACAAUUUUCCAGAUGCAUUGCAUGAGGCUUCUUAUUUCUUCAAAACUUUCAAGCGUUUAUUUGCAGAUCUCAUCCUAAGCUUCCAGGAUCGUGAAAAUAGCCAGUCUUUCUUCCAACACGCAGAAAUGACUUGCGAGAAAGCUUUUGAAGUGAUAGAGAUUGAGCUUGGGUUCAUGUACGAUUUACUUUAUACAAAGGCUAAUUUGAUCCAUUCUCGCCUGGGUAGUGUUUGUCGUUAUGUUAGUUUAUCAUAUACUUUUGCUGCAUUUGUAGUCUUCUUGAUGAUUGAUCAGAGUCCUUACUCAACUAUUGACAAGGGGAUCACUCUUUUGUUGCUGAUCGGAGCUAUUGUUCUAGAAAUAUAUGCGGUAAUUGUACUACUUUCUUCAGAUUGGACAACGCUUUGGCUGAGUAAGCACGAAAACCCAUUUGUGGAUCUCGUCUCUAAAUUUAACUUGCGUUUACAAUCAUGUUUUGGAUUAUGUUUUCUGUUACCUCUGAAUAAGAGAUGGUCAAAUUCUGUAGCGCAAUACAAUCUCAUGAGUCACUGCAUCAAACGUAAGUCAACUAAAGGGAGUGGAAUAAAGGAUUUCAUUAAUAAAAUGUUAGAGCAACAUUGGUACAAGAAUUUGGAGCCUGUCCCUAUGGAUUUGAAAGAAAAGAUCUUUGAACAGCUCAAGAAAGCAAGCAGCAUGUCAGAUAUCAGGGUUUCUAAGCAAUUAUUUGCUUGUAGUGAUGAUGGCGAUCAUGAGAAAAAGAAAUGUUUUGUUAAUCUUGCUCAGAGCAUGGAGGUAGUAGACUUUGAUCAAAGCAUUCUUCUCUGGCACAUUGCAACAGAUCUCUGCUAUUAUAUUGAUCAGGACAAUGAUUCGGAAACUGUAAAAAAAUUAAUACGUAUGAGUAAAUUGCUAUCGAAUUAUUUGGUACACCUUCUAGUAAAGUGCCCUUACAUGCUGCCCAGUGGGAUUGGUCAAAUCAGAUUUCAGGACACUUGUGCUGAGGCUAUGGAGGUUAUAGAAGAAAGAGAAUAUAUAUCAGACGAAAACAAAGCUUGUGAAGUGUUAUUUAAAGAGAACACGGAAAUUCCACCAUCUCAAAUAAAAGGUGACAGAAGCAAGUCGGUGCUAUUUGAUGCAUGCAUACUUGCACAAUCUUUGCAAUUCCUGGAGAGACAGAAUAAUUGGGACACUAAACAAAAGUGGGAGACCAUAAGCAAUGUAUGGGUGGAGUUGCUAUCUUGUGCUGCAAGUCAGUGUAGAUGGAAUUAUCAUGCCAGGCAGCUCAGACAAGGCGGGGAGCUACUCACUCAUGUUUGGCUUCUGAUGGCCCAUCUGGGUAUAACUGAACAUUUCCAGAUUUCACAAGGCCAUUUGAGGGCUAAGUUGCUUCUGAGUUAGAAGGGUAGCUGUAAUUGAAGGAUACUUCAAGCCUAGUUGAUAUUUCUACAAUUUUAAAAACUCAAAUUUUGGCCUGUCAAAUUCCUGUAGAGAAAAGGCUACCUGAUCUCUAUAGAUGAUGUUUCUAAUAUAGUUGUCGUUGAUGUACUUGUGGUUGUUUUUGCUUAAAAAUGACAACUUUCAGAAUCUAUCUUUUUGUCUU